AUGCAGCUGCUGGCUCAGGAGUUUGCGGAGGACGCCAAGGAGGUCGAGCACUUCAUGACGGACGCCAGAGACACCCCAGAAGAGCUGCCUGCUGCUAUUUUUAUUUGUUUUUAUACAGCAGCAGCAACAAACGACUCGCCCCCAUCAACGGCAGACAAACAGCAGCAGCAGCAGGAGCAGGAGCAGCAGCAGCAGCAGCAGCAGCAGCAGCAGCAGGAGCAGCAGCAGCAGCAGGAGCAGCAGCAGCAGCAGCAGGAGCAGCAGCAGCAGCAGCAGCCUCAGACACAGGAAAACCCUAAACCCUAA